AUUUAUGGAGGAUCAUAAUAAUUGUCUACAGCUGGAGAAAAUCUUUCGCUUUCAAUCUUCAUUUCUUUAAACUUUUUGUCUGUGGAAGAAUAUUAUAUUAGCCUCUAGCUAGUGGUUUUAACAAUGCCAUUUUCACUUGCCAUUUGUAGAAAUCAAUGGCUAAUCCUACAUUAUAGUCCAUUAGAUCACUAAGCGCCCGUCUGCUCGCAUUAUAAGAGGUCCGGAACUCAACACCUGCCCGAUCAUAAUAUUCACUCUUAUUCUCAAAUGGGAAAUUUCUCUUGUCAGAAAACACCUCACAUUUCAUCAAAAUGUAAGCCAACACUAACGCUUCCAAGAAAGCUCAAAUCUUGCUUAGCCAUGGGCACGAGUUCAAGAAGUAAUGCAAAGCUUAGGAUUCAAAACGAGCUUCAACACGCAAAGAAUAAUCCUCCAACUCAUUGUAGUUAUGGAGUAAUGGCUGGUGAUGUCUUCAAAUGGCAAGCUGCCAUUAUGGGCCCUCCUGACACACCGUACGAGGGUGGUGUCUUCUUUCUCUCCAUUGAAUUCACAGAUGAUUACCCUUUCAAUCCUCCCAAGGUCAAGUUCCUAACCAAGGUUUUCCAUCCAAACAUCAGCCAUGAUGGGAGCAUACAUGUCGACAUCCUGGGAAGGCAAUGGUCCCCUGCAUUAGGCAUUGAGAAAUUGCUGCUAUCAAUUUGCUCGCUGUUGCCAGAUCCAAAUGUCAAGUUUCAAAACCCCAUUUGCAAACUCUAUUUGGCUGACAGGAAAUCUUACAACAAGAAAGCAAGAGAAUGGACCAUCAAGUAUGCGAUGGCUUGAACUGAAUUAGGAUAUAUAAUCUCUCCUCUUAAUUAAGAGUAUGUUUGACAAUUUCAAGAUAUAUAAAUUUGUAUGUACUAAUUGCAAAUGCAGUAGAUGUAAGAACAAAUUUUAUAGCA